AUGUUGGAUUACUGUUCCAGUGAAGGGUCCGGGAAUUCCGGAUACCAUCCCAACCCCAGUCCCACCACCAUGGCUAACUUACUAAAUAUGGGAAUGGAAAACAGUCGGGUAGGUCAGCCUGCUUUUGUAUUAAGUAGUCCUCCACUGGCAGCUCUUCAUAACAUGACGGAAAUGAAGGCCCCAGCUUCCUCAUCUAGUAUGCUAACUCAAUCCGGGUACUCGCAGGCUACCCAGAAACACAUGUCAUGGAAUGGUACACCUCAUGGAAUCUGUGACAUCCUCAGUCGCCCCAGCAUGGCAGCUUUAGGACUUUCUCGACUGAACGCGGCCGGAAUGUACCUCAAUUCGCAAGGAAGACUGCCAAAGUUAGCGGAACUUCCGGGCCGACCUCCAAUUUACUGGCCUGGUGUUAUAAACGGUAGCAACUGGCGACCUUCGGGUCACAGUUCGGUAGUAGUGGACAAGGAUGGAAAGAAGAAACACACGAGACCAACAUUUUCUGGGCAACAGAUUUUUGCUCUAGAGAAAACAUUCGAACAGACGAAGUACCUAGCGGGUCCUGAGCGCGCGCGACUUGCGUACGCUUUAGGGAUGUCAGAAAGUCAAGUCAAGGUGUGGUUUCAAAACAGACGCACAAAAUGGCGCAAAAAGCAUGCUGCUGAAAUGGCAACUGCAAAGAAAAAGCAAGAACAAGCAGAGGAAAUGGAUGAAAAUUCUGAAGACAUGGAGGAUGAUGGGUCCGAUGAUGGAAAAAUGCAAGAUAGGCUGGACGAUUUCCUUGAUCAUCAAGGUUUAUAG